AUGGAAAAUCCAAAAUCCAACGAACCCCUCGCCCUCCUCUGGGCUUAUGAACUCAACCGGGAGAACAAACAGUUGUUCAAGGGACUCAAAAAGGUGAAUCGACAUCUCGAUGCCUCUCAUUCAACCACAUCAGCUGGCUGUGUCAACCAUCCACAUCAAAGCAAUGGGAAAUUGAACCAACAACCGAAAACUCAAGGUUGUUAG